CAAAACGAACACACCAUGACACCUAAACUGGGCGACGCUCCCCUAACGAACGCACCAUGACACCUAAACUGGGCGACGCUCCCCUAACGAACGCACCAUGGCGAGCUGUCAUUUGUUUUCAAUCGCGCGCGUGUUCGAUCAUGUUUGUGUCGAUCGUGUUUGGCCGCUGUUUAAUCGAAAAAGUGUUAGUGAAAUCGCGUGUGUUCGUGAAAAAGGCAACAUCCGGCGUUUGUCCAACACGGUCUUGGACAAAUUUGCCGGGUGACCGAACCGGAACGGCUCUGGGAUGGCGGAACUUUUUCAUAUUUGGGGACUUCUUCUACCAGGCCCGGCGCCUGCUGCGGACACUUCCGGCCGGAUUUGUUCAGGAUGGUCGUUUCGUCUGGAGGCGAAAAUCGUUAGGGGCCUAUUCCACUGAGGAUUGUUCUUCAUAAAUACGCGAGAGUUCAUCCCAAGUACGAAGCAGUAGUUCCGGCACCGGCUACAAACAUUUCGAACAACGUCAGAAAGUUCGGAUUGAAGCAGAAUAUUAAAAGAAAACGACGCGGAAAAAAAGUACUAUUUUUUUUAAAUCUACGAAAAAAACUAUAAAAAUACAAUAAAACUUACCAUAUUGACCAUUAAUUUUAAUGUAUAAAUAUAUGUUUUACAGUACAAUUUAGUGGAGAAAAAAAAUAAAUAACAUUAAAAU